GAUGAAUGAGCCAGUAAAAAGGUAGAGCAGACGGGGAAACAGAUACUCAGUCUGUACUGCUAUCUCUGCAGUGCUGGCAGUGCUGGAAUGCUGCCGCGAGUGGCACGUGGAGGCUGGCAGGGAGCUGAGCGUGCACGCCGCUUGCCACUGCAGAUAGACCACUUCAUUCCUGAAUGCUUUAGGUGUGGCGGCACGAGUGGCCCUCAACCCCCUCUCUGUCUGACUGCAGCAGGUUAAACGGUGCCUCGCCGCAGUAUCAUCACUCCUUCCCUCUGGAAUACAGAAACAGGAGGAUCUCUCUUUCCAGCCAGGCCUGCAUUACUCAGCAGUGGCUGGACUUGUGUGCAGGAACUGCAGUCUGGCCAUCGGGCUUCCACUGCGUCAGACUGUAGCAGAACAGCUACACCGCACGGUAGAAAAGAAGAGGAGAAAGCACUGGAUAAUCUAAAAGAGGAUACAAAACACCACAGGAAUUGUGAACAAGGAUUAUAGGCGUGAAGAGGAGGAAGAAGGACAAAGGAAGUGAGUGGAUGAGAUGACAUGACAGGAAGAGAAAGAAGAGAACGGUGUGAUGGUGUCACAAAAAACAUUUAGAGUUCAGCAGAGUUACACUUGGUCCUCUUCGCCUUGUUCCUUUGUCUGAGUCAUGCUCUUCUUCAAAGCACAAAAGUGCUGAGUGAAUUUGGAGGAUCCUUCCCAUUGUGAUAAUAGAACUUGAAUUGUUUUACAAACUCAUAAGUGUUCAUACCCAGCAGGACACACCAAUUUCUAACAAAAAAAACCUGUUGCGCUUUUAGAAAGGAUUUUUCACUCUGAUAAGCCUAAGGACGAAAAUACCAAUGCAACUACAGAUACAAAAAUAACUGAGAGCCAGAGUCAAGAUCUUCCUCCAGGUUCUGUAUGUUGGACAGGAAGCGACUAGAAAUUAGAGCGGUUAGUUAAAUCCUUCGACUGCAAAACUGUAACAGCACAACCCAGCAAAAUGCCGUGCUCACCUUUCCGAAUUGGAAGGCCAAGAAAAUUCUGGAAACAAGAUGGGAGUGACCCGCGAAUGUCUGGAACACUAGAGCCCCAGCUGUUCCAGCCUACAGUCCCGUACGCCACCUCGCCAUUCCACAAGACCCCAGAUUUAUUUGAAAUGAUUGAAAAGAUGCAGGGCAACAGGAUGGAUGAGCAGCGAUGCACCUUUCCUCCCCCACUCAAGACUGAGGAGGAUUACAUUCCAUACCCAAGUGUCCAUGAGGUGUUGGGCAGAAAAAGCCCCUUUCCUCUCAUCCUCCUGCCACAGUUUGGGGGUUACUGGAUUGAAGGGACGAACCAUGAGAUGAGUUACACAGUGGAAACGGAACAGCCGCAGCCGCUGUCCCCGAACACCCGCACCAAGCUGGAAUGUAAUACAACAGCGACACUCUUCCGGAAACACUUUCUGGGCAAGGAGCACUUUAAUUACUAUUCAGUGGACAGUGCCCUUGGACAUCUGGUGUUCUCUCUAAAGUACGAUGUGAUUGGUGACCAGGAACAUCUCCGUCUAAUGCUAAGAACCAAGCUGAAAACCUACCAUGAUGUGAUCCCCAUUUCCUGUCUGACAGAGUUUCCCAAUGUGGUCCAAAUGGCCAAGCUCGUCUGUGAAGAGGUCAAUGUGGACCGCUUUUUUCCUGUCCUUUAUCCCAAAGCUUCAAGACUUAUUGUAACCUUUGAUGAACAUGUGAUAAACAACAAUUUCAAGUUUGGGGUCAUUUAUCAAAAGUAUGGACAGACUUCAGAGGAAGAGCUGUUUGGCAACAGUGAAGAGAGUCCUGCCUUUGUAGAAUUCCUGGAGUUUCUGGGAGAGAAAAUUGAGCUGCACAACUUUAAAGGUUUCCGUGGAGGGUUAGACGUGACUCAUGGGCAAACUGGCACUGAAUCUGUCCACUGCAACUACCGUAACAAAGAGGUCAUGUUCCAUGUGUCCACAAAGCUGCCUUACACAGAUGGGGACACCCAGCAGUUGCAGAGAAAGAGGCACAUAGGUAACGACAUUGUGGCCAUCUUAUUCCAAGAGGAAAACACUCCCUUUGUACCGGACAUGAUCGCCUCCAACUUCCUUCACGCAUACGUUGUGGUCCAAGUGGUCAACCCCUGCUCUGACAAUGUCCUCUACAAGGUGUCAGUGACAGCACGGGAUGAUGUACCUUUCUUUGGCCCCGCCCUCCCAAACCCUGCAGUCUUUAAAAAAAGCCCUGAAUUCCAUGAAUUCCUUUUCACUAAGCUCAUCAAUGCAGAGUACGCCUGCUGCAAAGCUGAAAAAUUUGCCAAAUUAGAGGAACGAACGAGGUCGGCCUUGUUGGAGACCCUUUAUGAGGAGCUCCAUGUGAACAGCCAGGCCAUGAUGGGUGUUGGAGGAGACGACGACAAACUGGAAAACGGGAGUGCAGGAGGAGGGGGCUUCUUUGAAUCCUUCAAGCGGGUGAUGCGCAGCAGGAGCCAGUCUAUGGAUGCCACGGGUCUUACUUUCAAGAAGCCGCACACAUUCUCCACUAGCUUCAGCAGCAGCUUUAACCACGACCCCGCAGAGAGCCCCAAAUUCCCAGGGAUAUCAUUGCUGGUCCCAGGCAAAAGUCCCAGUAAAUAUGGACGUCGAGGCAGUGCCAUAGGGAUAGGAACAGUAGAAGAGUCAUUGAUAAUCCCAGGGAAAAGCCCAACCAGGAAAAAGUCUGGUCCUUUCAGCUCCAGGAGAAGCAGUGCCAUCGGUAUAGAAAACAUUCAAGAAGCCCACGAGAAGAGUAGAGAGAGCGCCCCAAUAACCCAAAAGACCCCUGACAGCGGCCACGUCUCUCAAGACCCCAAGUCUGACAACUCGUCCAAUCAGAGCUCUCCGGAGGUGCUCCCAAUUGCCAAGAACAGUUCUUAUCUCGGUGGCAGGGCCCCAUCCAUCCCCGAGGCUCAUGACCUCUCCCGCUCCUCCUCCAACGCUAGCAGCUUUGCCAGUGUUGUGGAGGAGAACGAGACAGAGCCCACAGAGGACUAUGACACAGCCAUGGAGAGUUUGUCGGCUGUCGGGACGCCACACAAGCGAGACUCCCUCACCUACACCACCUGCCUGGAGGACAGCAUCAGCAGCACCAGUAUCACCAGUCGCAGCAGCUCGCCAGGUGAGAGAGGGCCUGGAAAACCUGAACGAGGGAAGGGGACAGAUGUGCGUAUCAAACUGGAACGCCCAGACGAUCAUCAGUCCUCAUCGAACUGUUAGCUCCACCCAUACGGUUGUAUCCUGGAUCUCCAUCUUCAGCAUUCCCAUAAAUCACAAUCCCUCUGGGAGGUGAGACGAGUACAGGCCUUUGCCAUGACCAAUGAUGAGAAGAUGAGAAAGAAGAGGAAAAGCAGGUGGGGCUUGGCCAGUCUGCUGCUCAGU